UUCGAUCAUGCUCGAAUUAAGUAUACGGAAGCAGUGGUCAAAAUGCGAAAGAUGCUUGAGGACCCCUCUCAAGCUUCGAACAACGAGCUUCUCUUAUCUAUGGUCAUGCUUGCUAUGCUAGAGGUAGCUAUACUGUGAUGAAACACACCGGGUAAACGACUUCAGACUGACGCCUUUAAGGUUGCUAUCGGAAAUUCUGCGCGGCCCAACGAAGGUGUUCUGACUCACCUCCGAGGGGCUGUACAUUUCGUUGAGGAGACUCGAAAGAUGUCUCAUUUGAGAGGUGCUAUGAGUCUUAUAGAGGCUACAAAGAAUGAUGGCACUUCGGAGGCCUUCAACCCCCUGAUACUAGCAGUAAUGAUGAUACAUCUGAUAUUGGCAUGGAUCGUCAAUCCACUACCCCAUGCACUACAGAUGCAUGCGGCCAUGAAAAAUUUCAGUCUUACAGCAGGACCUCUGUUACGUCUACCGACUUUCUUUGCCCGUCUGACACAGCUUGGGGUCACUACUGCAGAGGUUCACACUGAGCUCAGAUCAUAUCGAGCAACGCAAUGGGCCGGAGUCACCGACGAGAAACUUGCUCGACUAUACUCAAAGUGCUGCCGGCUAGCAUGCCGACUGUCGAAGGCAAUCCCUCAGAAUUAUUGUGUUGAUGAAACGUGCCCAGUGGAGAGUGAGCCUCUGAAAUUUAACGACACGUGGGACAACCCGAACCAGCGAGACUGGAGUAUAUGGGGCCGCAGAGAUUUUAGCACUGUAUGCCUAUACCGAAUAAUCGUUUGCGUCGCAUCGCGUCGAUGCAUUGCACGUAUGAUGGAUGCAAUGUCUUUUGACGACCCAAAUGCUAUCUACCAUAUGAUCGCCUUGGAGGAUGCCGACAACAAAGUGAAGAACCUCCUCUCACUGGCCUGCCAAGACAUUUUUGAUAUGGUACCACAUUUCUUCGACGCAUCUUGCCCACCGAGUCCCAUCCCAAAGGACGCGGGCUCGGGGGAUGACAAUAUGGCUUUCUGGGGUGUACAAAAACCAAAGAUAGGCGCAUACCUGCUCAUGAUGCCAUUGAGAGCUAUCAUGUCCAUACCGGAGCUUCCACAGGAGACCUAUGACAAGGUUGUCUCGAUUGCCGUCCAACUUUCCCAGGGAACAGGCAUAGAUUUGGAAUACAUAAUGGUAAGAUUGUGCGGAAAUCUGUUUGAGGAGGAUGCCCGAACAAACUGCUUUUUCACAUGAAGAGCAGUAAUACGGUCGGCAUGGGCUGGCAAAAUGUUUCCUGCUGCUCACUGCACUAGCACAGUGAAGCAGCAAAUAUCUAUUUCGUCCUCUUAUGGCAUAUAAGGGACACUCAGUACACCCCGUCAAUGCAGGCUAUGAACAUCAACCCACUGAAGUUUCAUCGAUCGGUAACACGAAAAGCAGUUCUUCUACACCUUCCACG